UUUGCACACGAUGGAUCAACUACAAGUUUAUUAUAAACAUACUAUAUUCCUCUUAUCAGCAACAGGUCUAUGGCCAUAUCAGAAUAAAUACAUCCGAUCGGUUUACAAUAUCUUCAUCAUGGUCGUUUAUCUGUUUUGUUUGGCUGCUCAGAUAACCGCUCUUACCAACACAGAACAUACCCUCCAUGAUUGGCUGCGGAAUAUUUUAUUCAUAUCAGCGAUUGCUGGUUUUCUAGUGAAAUAUGGUACAUAUUACAUUCACGCCGACAAAAUAAAACAGCUGAUGGAGGAAGUGAAACGCGAUUGGAGAAUACACAAUGAUGAACCGCUUGAAAUUCUAAGAAAUUUCGCUAAUUCGGGAAAGCGUUACUCCUUCUAUUUCGCGUUGAUUGGUUUUACACUAAUCUUCGUAGUCAUGGGAUUUGAGACGUGCAAUUCUAUUUUGGAUGCAGUCGCACCGUUAAAUUAUACUCGUCCGUACGUUAUACAUGCAGUAUACUUCAUUGACGAAAGGAAGUAUCGUUUUUUGAUCCUAAUACAUCAGUAUUUUACAUUCCUGAUAUAUACAUGUGUAUUUGUUGGGAUAGAUUCAUUGAUUAUUUUGUGGUUGCAUCAUUUCGCUGCUUUAUAUGUACUUGUCAGCUAUUACAUUUAUCAAGGUGUCAUGGAACAUAUUACUCACAAUUCAAACAGACAUUUAGGUAACAGUAAGAGACUCUUAAUAACAGCUGUAGUUAUCCACAGCAGAGUAAUGAAGUAUUUGGACAUUUUUGGAAAUAUUGUGUCAGUAUCGUACAUGUUACUUGUUCUAUUAACUAUCAUUACCCAAAGCAUUAACAUAUUUAUUCUGGCUCAAACCAUUUUUAAAUUAGAGGCAAAUGGAGAUGCAAUGUUGUGUUUGUCAUGUACAUUUUGCGAAAUUAUAUAUUUUUUUUACUUGACCUACAUAUGGCAACAAUGUUUAAGUACUUUUGACAACCUUACAUUGCAGAUAUACAAUACCAAUUGGUACGAGGCUUCUUUGUCUACGCAAAAAUUUCUGUUGUUCGUUAUGAUGAAAACAUCCGAAGACCUUCGCUUGAAAUUAUUCAUCGUCUUUAAACCAUCCCUCGAAGGUUUCAUGCAGAUAUUAAAAGUGUGCUUCUCCUAUUUCACGGUAAUGGCUACGAUAGAAGAACGGCACCAAUAGUGUUAAUGUAAUAUUGUAGAAACAUGUAAUAGAAAAUUAAUUACUUAAGUAAUUAACAGUAUUUAACAUAGAAUGCACAGAAACUAAUGAGACUGCACAGUGUAGUGCUUUCGUAGUUGAGGAAUAUUAAAUUGAUCCCGAACUGGAUAAAACGAGUAUUGAAUUAAUUCAACGGUUGUAAAAAUAUAAUCGAUGGGUGCAAUUUGUAUUUAUUUUUAUGUGAAACCGAGCUUUAAUAUUAUAGGAAUGGUAUAAUGAAAUUGUACCUAACUAGAAAAAGGUUUGAAUAACCAAAGAUUGUAUUGAAAGCAGGAAC